GUUACGGAACAGUACUCAGUCAAAUCAUGCGUUCGACGAUCGUCUGACAGCAUUGAUCGACGCUUCUGCUUCGAUGUCGAAGUAGAGAACAGAGCCACCCCGCUCACAUUGCAAGCGCAAUCUCAGGACGAUUUGGCUCAGUGGCUCCGCAUUAUGGACGGACAAGAACCGCAAUACGCGGAUCGACUGGUUUCUGUGACCGAUGCAGAUCGAACUUUCCUCAGUCCACAAAGCAUCGCUUUCUUUUGUCGUCUUCUGGAAGCAAUCGAGAAGCAAGACCUUGAUACAUCUGGAAUCUAUCGAAUUUCGGGUGUGAAAUCGAAAAUAUCUGCACUUACUUGUCAGGCCUUAUCCCCCGGCGGAGUAACGCUCAAAUAUCUGCUUGACUGUGAUAUUCAUCUACUCACUAGUACAGUGAAGCAUUUCGUUCGACAUUUAGACGAACCCCUGAUGACGUUCGAGUUGCAUGACGACGUUAUGGCUGCUGUCAAACGGUCACCGGAGGAACGCUUGGAAGAACUGAGGCGCCUGUUGGGCUUUUUGCCCUCGAGAAAUCGUGAAGUGCUCAGCAUUUUGAUGCACCACUUAGCCAAAGUGGCUUCCCACAGUGCCCGGAACAAUAUGACCAGCAGUAAUUUGGCAAUUGUCUUCGCCCCAUCCCUAAUGCGGUCACGUGAAGAGAGUGUGGCCGCGAUCAUGAACACGAAAUUCUCAUCUACCGCAGUCGAGCUGAUGAUUGACAAUUGUGACACUUUGUUUCCGCUGGAUUCAGCCCUACCUCAUCCCGUAUUGACGGUCAAUGGGACAAAGCCCACACCUGCCUUCAUUGAACCAGUCUAUUCGACCCCAGUAAUGACUAAUCCCACAGAACGGCCAGCGUUUCGCCUGUCUACUAGCGAAGCCGAUCGUUCAUUGUGUUUGGUCGAUUCGCCGAACAAUCCCUCAGGGAAAGUCACAGUGGUUUACCGUUCCAGUGAAUCCGACUCCAUGAAUAAUAAUUCCACAUCACCCUCCAGUGGUCUGCUACAUCCGAAUGAUGCGACUAGCUCGAUCGGUCUAAGGCGAGUACACUCCGGAAACACACCAAGUGGAAGACCACUUCGGUUUAACCGAGAUGUGGUGCGCCGUAAGCCAGCAGCUCCACCCGCACCCAAUAAUCCACCUCGGCCUCCACCUCCUGUAACAGCACCCUGCGUUCCAGUCGAGUCAUCUCUGGUUCCACCGGUCUCAUCAAACGACAUGACCGAACUAUCAGAAUCGAAACAGCAGAAACAAUUCUCAUAUAAAGCGACUUUAUCAAAACCAGCCUUUGAAUCCUCUCAGGACAUUGGGUCCCCACGAACUAUUGCCAUUGUCAAUCCGCAAGUGGCCAUGGAACCGGGAUUGACAUCCCCGGAUCCGUCGGCCAAAAUCAAAAUUUACUUGACGGAUACUAAAUCAGCCUAUCUGUGGACUGGUUGGCAUAGACCAUUGUUGUUGAUUGGUCAUCUAUUUAAUACAGUCACUGCCUGGGGACCCGAGUGUUUUAACGGAAUCCAAUAUCGCAUUCAAGCGUUCGGUAAACGUCGGGCUAUUGAAAAAUUUUCUUAA